GUACGUGGGGUGUGAGGGGGACCGUGAGGGAGCGAGUGGCAGGCAUGGCGUGCGCCCCGGGCCCAGACCCACGCGGGGCCGGCGGCGGGCACGAGAGGCCCAGCUGGGACAACAGGCUGCAGUACCUCCUGAGUUGCAUCGGCUUUGCCGUGGGCCUGGGCAACAUCUGGAGGUUCCCGUACCUGUGCCAGACGUACGGGGGAGGGGCCUUCCUCAUCCCCUACCUCGUCGCCCUGGUUCUCGAGGGAAUCCCACUCUUCCACAUCGAGCUGGCCAUCGGCCAGCACCUGCGGACAGGCAGCGUCGGGGUGUGGAAGGCCGUGUCGCCCUACCUGGGCGGAGUGGGGCUGGGCUGCCUCACCGUGUCCUUUCUGGUCAGCAUGUACUACAACACCGUCCUGACGUGGGUGCUGUGGUAUUUCCUCAACUCCUUCCAGAACCCGCUCCCCUGGGGCUCGUGCCCGCUGGACCUCAACCGCACAGCCAGCAGCCCCAGGACAAUUAUCUAUGAACUGCACCCCCGGGCGGAGGCCUGCAGAGCCCGGAUCCAGGCCCGAGCCCCGUGGCCAGCCCUUGACGGGCCCUCCCGGGUUCCAGGGUUCGAGGCAGAGUGCCAGGCCAGCAGCCCCGUGAGCUACUUCUGGUACCGGCGGACGCUGAACAUCACGGCCGACAUCAGCGACAGCGGCUCCAUCCAGUGGCGGCUGCUGGCCUGCUUGGCCGCGUCCUGGGCCGUCGUGUACCUGUGUGUCAUCAGAGGCAUCGAAUCCAUGGGGAAGGCAAUUUAUUUCACAGCCCUGUUCCCUUACCUGGUCCUGACAAUCUUCCUUAUCAGAGGACUCAGCCUGCCCGGGGCGGUCAAAGGGUUAACGUACCUGUUCACGCCAGAUGUGCGGAUUCUCCAGAGCCCCCGCGUGUGGCUGGAUGCAGCCACACAGAUAUUCUUUUCCCUGUCCCUGGCCUUUGGAGGACACAUCGCUUUUGCGAGUUACAACCCGCACAGGAACAACUGUGAGAAGGACGCAGUGAUCAUCUCCCUGGUCAACAGCCUGACCUCCCUCUACGCGUCCAUUGCUAUGUUUUCCGUUCUGGGAUUCAAGGCGGCCAACGACCAUGGGCGUUGCCUGGACAGAAACAUCCUCCGGCUCAUCAACGCGUUCGAGCUCCCGGACCAGAGCGUCAACAGGGACGACUAUGCUGCCGUCCUCUCGCACCUGAACGCCACCCAGCCCGAGAGGGUGGCCCGGCUCUGCCUGGAGACCUGCCGCCUGGAAGACUUUCUGGACAAGAGCGCCUCCGGCACGGGGCUGGCCUUCAUCAUCUUCACGGAAGCCAUCCUCCACAUGCCGGGGGCCCCCGGCUGGGCCGUGCUCUUCUUUGGGAUGCUGUUCACCUUGGGCCUGUCGUCCAUGUUCGGGAACAUGGAGAGCAUCAUUACGCCACUCCUGGAUAUGGGGGUCACGCACAGAUUCAUCCCCAAGGAGGUCCUGACUGGGCUGGCCUGCCUGGUCUGCUUCCUCUCGGCGAUCUGCUUCACGCUGCAGUCAGGAAACUACUGGCUGGAGAUUUUCGACAACUAUGCUGCGCCUCUGAACCUCAUGGUCUUUGCGUUCUUUGAAGUGGUCGGGGUGGCUUACGUUUAUGGGGUGCAGCGGUUCAGCGAUGACGUAGAGAGCAUGACGGGGAGGCGGCCCGGCCUCUACUGGCAGGUGACCUGGAAGGUUGUCAGCCCGCUGCUACUGCUCACCAUCUUUGUGGCCUACGUUGUCACCCUGGCCCGGACGCCGCUCAGCUACAAGGCCUGGGACACCCAAUACGUGCGGUUCCCGACGCGGCAGGAGAAGUCCUACCCGGGCUGGGUGCAGGCCGCCUGUGUCCUCCUGUGCUUCCUGCCUGUACUGUGGGUCCCGGCCGUGGCACUGGCCCAGCUGCUAGCUGCACACAGACGGAAGAAGGACACCGGGCGGGACAGGUGCCCGAAGCUGUAGGGCGGAGGGGCCUGCUGAGGGCUGGGCAGGGGGUGGCGGGGAGGGCCAGCCCGUGUGCCACGUGCUCACAUUACACCUGCCCCCAUCCUGA